GUCCUGCACCCAAUUUUUGCACUAGUUUGUUAAUAUGGCCUUGCUCCGUCUUCCAUUUAGAAAAAUGAUUUUUAAAGGUUGUCUCGCUCUUCUCUGCCUGGGUAUGAGCUGUCUCGGAGUGGUGCAAGCCUUUCCGGGAUGGCUGGAGCCAUACUUUCCGCCGGUGCCGUACCUGCCAUUUCCGUCGCCGCCCUGCGGUGGCGGAUGCCCACCUCCUCCGCCCAAUCCCUGCCCCAAUCCGGGAUGCCAGUGCCAAAAUUCGAAACACUGUUCCAUUUUGCUGAAUCAAAUUCCAUGGACGGUGGAAGUGCCGUGUUUUGCUCAAGGACAAGGUUCAUCCCCUGCCACCAUCGUCAGCGUUUUUAACGACACCUGCGGACCGCAGACAUAUGACUACCAACAGCAUCUCGUGUCCUCAUCCGAUGAUGACAUCAUUACGCCAUACGCUUAUGUAACCGGAAACACUGGCAACGAGCAGAUAUUUUACAACCCCUCUGCGCUGUCGAGCACAUUGGUCCAGACGAUUGCAUUCACCGCUGUUGGCACACAAAACCGUGUUGCAUCGCAGACCAUCUUCAUAACGUUCCGAUUUGCGGCAUGUAUGGGAUCAACGACCACAUCCUCUCCUGGGCAAACCGCGCUUAUUUUGCAAUGUCCUACGAGCGCUUCGGUGUGCCCCGGGUAUCCUCCAGGCACUGAUCCAUCCGGGAGAACGUACAAUUCGUAUCCGCAGCUGACAUGCUCCGUCAGCAAUGCACCUCCGCUCUUCCCGCUGGUUUUUGAUCUGGCAUCUAACGCGGCACCAGUCAGCGGCUUCGGUGCACCAAAUGGUCUCGGUCCAGGAGAGAACUGGAACAUCAAUUCUCCGGCUGUUCUUCCUGGUUCAGAUGAACCGAACGUCUUUAUCAGUAGUAUGAACCCCAUCGCCGGUCUUGCCAGCACGAGUACGGUCGGCAUAUAUGGUGCGAGUAAUAACGGUGCUCUGCCGUGCCCUGGUGUUACACCUAUCACCACCAGCACAGAUCCAGUGACAGGCAUGGUCACCGGUAACUGCUGUCAGACCUUGCGCUUCUCGGUGUCGCCGGGCGUAAUGAUCACACCGUACACCGCCGGGUAUCAGGACGUUAAGGUAUGCUACCAAGACUGGGCCACCUGCACCAUCGUUUAGCAACUGCAACUGUUAUCUGCGACUGCAGACACAACUGAAACUGGUGCUUCCACAAUUUCAAACUUGGUUGUAAUUUAGUGUAUUUGUGUUUGGAAAUGGUGAUGGGAGCACAAAUAUUUAAGCACGCCAUAAAUAUUGCAAAUUUGGCUUUUUCUCGUUAGUUUCUUGGCUAUGGAGAUUCGAGAUUCAACGGAAAAGAAAUAAAAAAGGGUGGCAAACAUUACAAACC